UUCAAUAGAAUAAUGGCGGCCACCAUCUAAGGCUGAUGUCUGCUACUUAAGCAACAACAAAUGCCAGAAAUGUGAUGAAUUUUGUUCAGCUAUUAAGGAAGGCAAAUGACCUCAAGGCACAAUUGACAGCUGAAGGUGGUAGCGAUGCAUGGGUGUCCAGACAGGCAUUGCAAGAUGCCUUUCAUCAGUUGCUCCUGCUUGACCUGGAGACAGCGCUGGAUAAGAAGCUGGAGCAAGAGCUCUGGAAUCAUGUUUUCAAGAAUCACAUUUCCUCACUGCAGCACAAGGCCAGGGAUCGCAUGAAUCCAAAGAGAUCCGAAGUUCAAGCCAUGCUUUCUCUUCUUCUUGACAAUGCUAGUGGGUUCUACAUCCAGCUCCUUCAAGAGAUAUGCAGUGCAUUCAACGUACAGCUCGUCUGUCGCAUCAAAGCACAACGCUUGGGACUUUUCCAAGAUACACUGCCAUCGUCUCAGAAACCUGUUCAGCCCAAAGCUGUGUCAUGCCACUAUAUCUGUCAACAUUGUCUUGUCCAUCUAGGUGAUAUUGCUCGUUACCGUAAUGACACACAGCAAGCAGAGAGCUUUUAUUGCCAUGCGGCCAGUCUUGUGCCGUCUAACGGUCAGCCAUACAACCAGCUGGCCAUUGUCUCGGCAACCAAAGGUGACCAACUAUCAAUGGCCUUUUACUACAUUCGGAGCAUAGCGGUCAAGCAUCCCUUCCCAGCAGCUGCCACCAAUCUUCAGACCACCUAUGCAAAGCUGGUUGACCGGGAUGAGGUGAAGAUCUUCAAGAUGCGUGAGGUGGAACUCAUUCACUAUUUCAUCAAGUUUCAUGCCAUCAUGUAUUUGGCUACAUGUGAACAAGAUCUCCAAGUAGCAAGCUCCAUCAAGGACAAGCUAGAGGAGAACUUCCGAAGCCACUUGUCACAGGAGAUCCUGACCAGUCGCCAGCUGACACAGAUGGCAGCCAUCAAUCUGUUUGCCCUGCAUAGCAUUCGUCAGCACGCAAACAACGGAGAGCGUGGAUCCAAAUCGGUUGCUACAGAUCUUGGAGGGUUGGUCGGAGCACAGGACCUGGGACCUUAUGCAGCGAACAACCUCCAGUGUUGGACUUUGGUGAUGGGAUUCACAUUCAAUUUGCUUCAGAUGAUGCUUCAUUAUGCUCCUCAGAAAGGAGGGGAAUCCCCGGUAGAUGGUUGGCCAGGUCUACCCGCUGUGCGGCUUCUCCUGGGAUGGAUCUACUUGCAGCCAGCAAUCUUUGAUGACCCAGUACUCUCAAACAAGACUGGGGUAUGGAGCAAGCUUGGUCGUGUGCUGACGUCCCUUCAAGUAGAUGCUUCACCUCAGGGCGAUGACUCCACCAGCUCUCUCCCGCUCCCUGAGGAUAACCUCCUUGAUGGCUUCACACCUCUCCAAGAGUUUCAAAGGGAUCUAGACUUUGGUCAGAACAAGAGGCAAGGUUGGAAUAGGAAUGCAAUCAAUCAAGAGAGAAGUCAGAGAUUAAGCAGUCAGGGAAAAUGGCUUGCUCAUCAUCAACCAAGUUUGCUGAAAGUGGAAACAAGCUCUUCAAACAAGCUUGUCUUUACUAGUCCUCUUGGAGACGAUGUGACAUCACGAAGAUCCUCCCAUCAUCAGCAAAGACAACAGAGGGCAGCAAAGGCAGCAGCGUCUAAUGCCAAAGGCUCCGAGUCGUCAUCCAGAUCAGCAUCGGUUGAGAAAGAGACCCCCAAGAAGAUCGUCGGAAUGCAGAGGAAAGAUGGCAGCAGAGAGAGGGGAAGCGAAGAAAACCAGAAUAAAACAAUAGCUGUACAGGCAAUAAUGUCCAGGCCAAAUAGUGAUGUGAAUAAGCCAACAGUGACCUUCAAAGGUCAGGGUCAAGAAAGAUCUAAUCAAGGUAGCAAUUCCAAGUCCUCCAAAUCACCAAGCAGUGGCACCACCAAAGACCAGGAAGCAACCAAGCGUCAUGUCCAGUGGCAGAACCCUCCCCAUGCAUUUGCCCAAGAGCCUGCAUCCUAUUACCAUAAGAAACCACACCCUACCUCGCAGCCCCACCCUAUGCCUCAACCCAACCAUACCGCUCAGCCGCACCCAAAUGCUCAACCACAUCUUGGACCUGGAUCUGUACAGCCAGGACAGCAGCCCCAGGGUACAGGCCCUGCCUCUGCUCCAAGACAUCCUCCUCCAUCUGGCCCAUAUCCCCAACAGGUGGGUCAGCAGCGCCUGCCACACCCCUAUGGACACCCACCACCACCACCGGGUCCACCACCGCCUGGAGUUCCCCCACCUUCGAUGGGGAUGCCUCCUCCUCCUCCUCCUGAUCAGAUAUAUCCACCUCCACCUUUGGGACCUCCACCGUCAUUCAACCCCAGCUCCCAGAAUGCCCCACACAGGGCAAUGCACCCUCCCCCACCCAGACAAAUGGGCCCCCCUCCCAUGCCCCACGUAGCUCCUCCAGGAUGGCAACAGCCACACAGGGAUGUCAGCAGAGAUGGACAACCACCGCAUCUUCCAAGAGACGGUCCACCAUCACCUCAUGGAGUACCUCCUCACAUGCAGCCCCCUAAGGUCCAGAUUCCACCACCGAUGCCCCAAGGAACUCAGAUGUCUCCCAACUCUAAUAUGCCCCAGUCUCAGGGUCACCACCAUCACCAAGGUGGUUGGCCAGCCAGACCUGGUCCAAUGCCCACUGUGGGAGAGAGACAAGAAGAUCAUCCGCCUGGAGACACUAUGUCCAACAUCAGCAUGUGGAAUGCAGCUAUGCAGGACAAACUUGGCCACACUCACAUGCAGAGGAAUAGACCUGACAUGCAACAGUAUCAGCAGCAAGGACAGCAGGGCAUGGGCAGGGAUACCAGUCCUAUCCGUAGCCCAAUUGGCAACUCCCCGCAAUUUCGGCUGUCUCCUUCAGUUGAGGACUUUGUCCAAGGGCCAGUACAGGCUGGCCAACCUCCAAGAAGGAUGUCCAACCCUACAGAAAUGCAGAUGCAAGGAUAUGGCCCUAACCAAAACUUCGAUCAGGGUCGGAUUAACUACAUGCCAUCUAUGGCCAACUCAAAUGAACAUCCAGGUCGCAUGCAGUCACAGCAGAAACAGCAACAACAGCCAAGUGGAGGACCUCCUCCUCAGAUCCUAGACAGCCAAGGUGCAAACCUCCUGGAACUGCUUGCAAAGAUGCAACAGCAGAUUGUCCCAGAGAAUCCUGUCGGCAGCAAUAACAGCGGAACCAAGAUGCGCUAUUCCCCUGAAGAGCACUCCGUUGAAGCCUUCCGUGCCAACUUGGACAACAGUCAGCAGAAGAAUGUAAGGGAUCCCCCUGGGUUCCGCACUGCUCCAGAAAGGUUCUAUGAUGAUCAGCUGGCCAAGAACAACGGCAGACCUGGUGGGUCAGAAUUCUAUGGCAUGCAGCAAGGAGAGCAGAGAGGCACGAUAGGAUACAACCAACUUGGUAACAGAUCCCAAGGAGGGUCAGCUUUUAGGAAGGUUCAACCACAGCAGCCUGAUCAGAAAGAUUCUCUCUUUCCUCAGUCAGACCUGGAAGCUAAGGUUUCCAGGUCUUACGAGCCAGGAGAUGCUUUUUCAUUCUUCACACCGUCAUCUAAUCAACAAGAAAAGCAGCAGCAGCAGCAGAUGUUGGGUGGGGAAAACCUCAAAUUUGGACGUGAUAUCUUUGGGCAAGAUUCUGGUCUUCAAGAACCACAAUCUUUCCCAUACAGGAGAUCGUCAGGGGGACUGUAUGAGAACUCUGCCCCUGGCUUUACAUCCUCCCAGCCCCCUACCUCCAGCUCUGAUACCACCUGGAGAAUGGAGAACAGAGAAGAAAGCAACCAGCAUCUCCGGGGAAUCUUCCCGGGACCUCAGGCAGGAGGAGGAAGCUCCGGGGGUGGUGGAGCCGGGAGCAAUGCUGUUAGGAGGGGGUCGGAGGAGACGACAUCUACUGGUUACAACGCUCGGUGGACUGGAGACAGCAGGGAACAGAUGGUGACUGAGGGAACAAGACGGCCUUCCCAGGAUGCAUUGUUUAAUCAGAUGAAUUCAGGUGGGAGUGGACAGAGUUUAUUCCAACAAGAACCAUUUAUUGAACGAGAAUCAUCCUCAUCAUCCUAUUCCACUCCGCAACAUCACCAGUCUGCUGCAUCCAAGAACAGCUACUUCUCUGGGAGUGCCUUGAAAGGGAAGCAGCCCGAUGAAGAGAAUGUCUUCUCUAGCAGUGGUAAUAGCUAUUCUCUCUUUAGCUCGCCCUCCCCUUGGUCAUCUAGGCAGGAAGAAGGUGAUGGAGGACUGAGUAAGUCAGGCGAGGGUUUAGGAAGUACCCUGGGCCUAAAGUGGAGAGAACCUCAGCUCUCCAGCUCACCAACUAGCAGCCUGUUACCAGAGAGAAUACAGAGUAUCUGGUCCAGCCCUUUGCGAUCAGAGCAAUCACCCCUGGAGAAGAUCCUUGGCCACACUGUGAGCCUUGAACAACAGAAACCCGAUACGUGAAGGAAAGCGGCAGCGUGUCAACCUAAACUCCUGUGGACUCCCAUCGGUGGCUCCACGGGCGGCUAGGAGAGAAGAAUCCUAAAAUCUAUCCAGCAACUUAAAACAUCAAGAUCAUCAUCACGAAACUACAGUAACAAUGAGCACAAGAGGCUCGUAUAACACGUAGAGAAGAGGAGAAAGAGAAGGACAGAGAAGGAGAGAAGAGCAGAUCCGGUUAUAUCCUUUCUCUCUUCAUCAUUAAUAUCAAUACGGUAUCGUCUUCAUGGCUCUAUUUACAAAUGAAAAACGUUAUUGAAUCAUUAAGUAAGGUUGUUUAAACCUUUUUUUGUUGACAUCUCAAGGACUUUGAAAAGUGUAAGCGUUCAGACGAAAUGUCACGUAGAGUUGUUUUGUUACCGACGUUGAUAGACCUUAAGUAAGAGGUUCUGAGGUGUACGUAUCUAUGAAAAUGACAUCAUUUGCACUAUUUUUCAUGAGUUCUGUAGGCCUAAUAAGAGUGACUAGGAUGUGUAGUUAUGCAAUGAGGUUUUAUUUCAUUCUUUGGAAAAUCUUGUGCCGUGAGCAUACGAGUGGAGCUCUAUGAUGUGUGUAUAGCAGGCACUGAAGGCUGUGAACCUGUAGAGGGUGCUACAACUGAAGUAUUUCUGAUCUGGAUUUUGUUUUUUCUAUGAUGAGAUAGAGAGAGAGAUUGACAGAGAGAGAGAGAGAGAUAGAGGAAGGUCGGAGAUGGGUGAAAUUAGACUAAGCAAGAAAUACCAUAGGCUA